AACACUGGCAGAAUUCUGUAACUAUAAAACAUUCUGAUCGUUUUGCGGAUUUUAUCACGGGUUGUGGCAUAAAAACAUAAGGGAUGUCAAAUUCACAGGAAAACCCAUCUGCCUUGUGAUAUGACGUUAUAAACACGCGACGCUCGCUUGUCAGUCACGUGAGGCGGGGCGUGAAGGAAGACAAGUGUAAACUCAUCUGCUCUGCCUAAAAAUGACCACCGCUCUGACCCAAGGUUUAGAGAGAAUACCCGAUCAGAUUGGGUAUUUGGUUGUUAGUGAGGAAGGUGUACUUGCGUCUGCAGGAGAGCUAGAGAAUGACGAGCACACAGCAGGAGUGAUCAUGCAGAUGGUCAGAACAGCUUGUCGUUUCAGAUUGCAUGGGACAGCUGAGCCCCCUUUCAAACGCAUGUCAGUGAUGCUCGAAGACUACGUUUAUGCUGUGACCAUCUCCGGACAGAAAGUUUUUGUAGUCAAAAGGCAGAACAACCAGCGGGAACCUGUUAAUGUGUAGUAAAGAGGACAAUAUGGACUGAUCUUACCCAUUAUUACAAGCUCAAAAUGGUGCCCUCACAUUGAAAUGACCCAGCCAUUACAACUAUCUGAUGUUUAGCACAAUCACACUCAAUUUCUUUUGUAAAAGACUUUAUUACACCGAUUUGGGGGUGGUGUCAGGUGUUAGACCUAAAUCAGAGUAAGUUAAUGUGUUUUUCCUGUAUGAAUACAAUGUUACAGACUGGUUAAGAGAUUCAUCUUAUGUCUUUUAAUGCAGGAGUAAAUGCUAUCAAUACUUUAGCCCCCAUUUAUGCUUGAAUGGUCACAUUUAAGGUAUUACUGGAGUUCAUUAUAUGGGUGUAUUUACAUUUAACCCUCUCAAUCCAUUAACCUAUGGUUUCCUCAUACAAAUACACGACCUUAAGGACUAUCCUAUUUUUAUUCAGGAAUCAUAAUAGACUCGAAUUAUGUAUACAAACACAUGCAUUAGCCACGGAAGCAGUUUUUCUCCAAUGAUGUUACACUGGGUGUUAUAAUUUCAUUAUAAAUUUCAUAUUCCAGUUUUAGCGUAAAGUGUGAAACCUUGUAGUAAGGUGUUAUAAUAAGUUAUUUUCCCUGGGAUCUGUGAAAGCAGAAAUUUAAGUGCACUGAAUGCAUCUUGCAGUCUAUUUCCAAAUGUGUUCAAUUAACAGGCUUCAAAUCACAUCUUUGAAUAAUUGCAUUAACAAUAAUAUAUUAAAUAAAGUACUAUGCAUAUUUUA